AUGGCAUUCUUUAUCCCCCCAUCAGCCCUGCAAAACCAGGCAACUAGCUCCCUGCACUCCCCACCCCUCCAAAACAAAAUGACCACCAGCGACGUGGGAAUCUUCAAAUCAACCCUCCUCCCCUCCCUGGGCAUAUACUCAACCCUCUCCCUAGCAACCUACCUCGCCGCCGAAGCCACCGACCGCGUCGAACUAAAAGACUGGCUCUGGCCCUCCUGCCAAGUCCUCAACGCCUGGUGGACCGCCAUCGGCCAACCAAUACACAAACACAACACCAGCCUCGGCACAGCCUGGGACGCCCUCCCCUGGACCGAGCGCGUUCUUCUCAGCUGCGUGACGAUCUGGGGCACGCGACUAUUUGCGCGGAUUGCGGCGCGCUCGCUCGUGCGCGGGAAAGACGAUUCGCGGUAUGAGGCAGCCAAGAAGGAACCCGGGUUUUGGAAAGGCGCAUUGAUGAAGCUGUUUUUGCCCGAGGCGGCUAUUUUGAGUGUUAUUUCUUUGCCGUUUACUGUUCCGUUUACUGUUGGGGGUGCUGGGUUGGCGUUGGAGGAGAAUGUGGUGAAUGUUGUAAGGGCGGUUGGCGUUGCUGUUUUUGGGAUGGGCUUUGCGAUGGAGGUUAUUGCUGAUACGCAGCUUGGGUUGCAUCGGCAGGAGAGGACAGAUUUGUGUCGGCAUGGGAUUUGGGGGGUUGUGAGGCAUCCGAAUUACCUUGGUGAUACGCUGGUUCAUUGCUCGUUUGCCCUGCUUAAUAUGGCGGGUUCAUUCAGCCCGGUUGUUCUGCUGGGUCCUCUGGCUAACUAUCUCUUCCUUCGGGGUAUGGGUGGUGAUAAGCAGACUGAAGCUAGUCAGGAAGAGCGGUACAAGUCCGACGAUCCGCAUAAGUAUGAGCAGCUGCAGCAGUGGCGGAAGGAGAAGAACAGCUUCUGGCCUGCGAUGCGAGACUUGGUGAAUCCGUGGGCACUGGCUGUUGCUGGUUGCGGGUUUAUUGCUGUGGUCAUCGAGGAGGGAUUUAGAGGUGCUUAUGAUAUGUAG